GGCAGCGUUCCUCCUAUCCUAUCCUCCUCGGACCGAACUACAGAAGUUAAUUUUCAGUAGGCAGUAAUGGCCGUAAGGAUUCAGGUGUGCGUUGUGUUCGUGCUGUGUGAGAUACUUGUUUACCGUCAAUAUUCAAUGUAAAACACCGUCCUCACGUCAAAAAACAGAAAAAAUGGCGGAAGAUGGUGCAGGAGGUUCCAAUCAAGGGAUAGGCAGUAGCAGUGGGGAAGCAAGUCGACUGCAGCUGUUGCAAGAAAUGCGACAACAGAAUUUUGACAGUAUCCGAUUCGCAUCAUACCGAACUGCUUGUAAAUUGAGAUUCAUUCAAAAAAAAGUCCAUUUUCACAAUGUUGACAUAUGGAACGUGAUCGAAGCAUUCAGAGAAAAUGGCUUGAACACAUUAGAGCCGACGAGUACUCUGGGAGUAUCAAGACUGGAAACCUUGCUUUCGUCUCUCUUUCACGCACUCAACAAAAGAGUACCCGUAGCUCAGCAAGCAAAAGUAGACGCUACCACAGCUCUUCUUAUGAACUGGCUUUUGGCAGCAUAUACCAGUGGGGAAAACAAUAAAAUAUCCGUUUUCUCAGUAAAAGUUGCUUUGGCUACGCUAUGUGCUGGUAAAAAUAUGGACAAAUUUCGAUAUAUUUAUUCUCAGAUAUCAGAUAGUAAUGGGCACAUGAUCCAUUGGAGGUUUGCUGAUUAUUUGAAAGAAGUUCUUGCGUUAACUGCUGCCGUUUACGAAACACCUUCAUUUGGGUAUUCCGAAGGAUUAGCAAAUUCAAUAUUUCCACCAAAUUCCAAAGUCACUGUCAAUGACUUUUUGGAUACACUCAUGUCAGAUCCUGCACCACAUUGUUUAAUUUGGCUACCUUUGUAUCAUAGAAUGGCUGCUGUUGAAGGUGUUGUUCAUCCAAUACCAUGUGAUGCUUGUCACAAAGAGAAUUUCACCGGAUUUCGCUACCGCUGUCAAAAGUGUCAUUCGUACCAAUUGUGUCAGGAUUGUUUCUGGCGAGGAAGGGUUUCCGGACCACAUAAUAAUGAUCAUGAAACCAGAGAGUACAGUAGUUUCAAAUCUCCGAGUAAACAAAUUGGACAUUCUCUGCGCAAGAGCUUCAGAUGUGUACCAGAGAAAGGAAAGAAUAAUUUACCAAGGUUUCCAGAACAACCGGAGAAAACUCUAGAUCUUUCACAUAUUGUUCCACCAUCCCCUUUACCCUCACACAAUGGAUUUCCGGAGUCUGGGUUUAUGGCUCCAUUCGAUUCUGGCUCAAUGGAUAGCAGAUCAACGUUGAGAAGUAUGGAUAGUUCGAGACUGGAGGAUGAGCACAAACUCAUAGCUAGAUAUGCCAUGAGACUAGCCCAAGAAGCACGUGCUGUCGUAGUGCCUCGUUCUGCAUCCAAAAUGUCUCAGGCUGACCAAGCGGGAAGGGCACCAUCAGAUGCAAAUCUUACAUCUUCGGACAUAUCAAGAGCGCAACGGGAGUUAAUAUCACAUUUAGAAGCAAAGAACAAGGAGAUUAUGCGCGAGAUUGCAAGGUUAAGGAGGCAACAAGAAAUUAACGCUGCCGGAUUGGAAAAUCCAGCAUUGAUGUCUGAGUUGAGAUCACUAAGGCAAAGAAAAGACGAACUGGAAACUCAUCUUGUUACGUUACAAGAUUCUCGAAGGCAGCUUAUGGUGCAGCUUGAAGGGUUAAUGAAAUUGCUGAAGAACCAUCAGGCAUCGCCAAGAUCGACUCCGAAUAGUUCACCAAGAAGUACAAAAUCCCCGCCCCUGCCUCCGGGAGGCGUUCCUAGCAGUAGAUCCGCUCCACCGACACCCGGAGGCCCGUUAACAUCAGUACCACAACAGCAACAACAAAAUCAACAACCAAUGUCUCAAAGUUAUCAGAGCUCAGCGCCACCUACAUCAUCGGCAAAUAUGACAAACAAUGCGAUGCUUGGAUCAAUGCAGAAUCCAAUUCCUGAUAGCCUCUCCUGCGUCGGUGGCGACGUAAGGUCGGCGUUUGGGACAAACAGUUUACCUGGAAGUGGUUCGAGUAGCGCUAACAACAGCUUGGGACGUUCGUUGCGCAAUGAUUUGCUAGUUGCUGCAGACAGCGUUACCAAUGCGAUGUCAACACUGGUCAGGGAAUUAAAUUCAGACUCAGACCAGGAAGAUCAUACUCCAGCCCCAGCACGUCACAACAUCAGAAAACCUUUAGACUUCGAGGCCGGUGAGGACGGAGAUGACAGUAGUGGCGGAGGUAACUCUUGGCGUGAAGAAUUACAACGUCGUUACGAACAAGAAAACGACUUUUUGGCUGAGCUACGUGCCCGUAAUACAAAUGCAUCUCAAACUCCAUCAGCAACACCAUCUAGUGAACAAGAACAAGAAAGGGGUGAAAGGGAAGAAGCAGAGGGAGAAAAACAAGAUGAAAGCGAAUCAAACUGGGAAGAAGCAGUAAAGAGAUGGGUUAAUCGAUAAAUAGUUUGAAAUGAAUGUUAGAAAUCUUCACCAAAAUACCGCAAAAGAUGCGAAUUGAAGAUGAGUGUUGAUUUUUGAAUAAAUAGCGAGUUCUCUACAACUCGUUCACCGCUGCUACAUCAAGAUUAUUGUAAUUACUCAUUAUGGUAUUACUUCAACUCAAGACUAGAUCAAGAAACAUAUUCAAUUUUUUGUUUUUUUUUUCACGUUCACAAUAUCUUAAAAUGUAAGGGAAUUCUCACUCCUACGGCAUAUUUCAUAAUCAUCAUUGUUCAAAUAGUUCACGCUCUGUAAUUUAAUUAUUUUUAGAAAUCUAUUCGACUCUAGAGGCAUGUUAUUCAAUGUGUCAAGUAAUUAGCUAUUCAAUACCUUGUUAAAACAUUACUAAAUCGGCAUUUUCACAUUGAUACAUCACGUCAAAAGCGGUGUAUUCCUUUUACGGAUAUUCCGUAAAACGUAAAGAAUCAAAACGCCAUACAGAUUAAAAUUGUUCAUAAUUAUUAUAACUUCUACUCAUCAAAUCAAUUUUAUAAAAAGUCGAAAAUACUCUGCUCAUACGUGUUCAAUAAAACUGACCAAAGUCGACAUAGAUCACUAGAUGAACGGUAGCUUUCCAUUGCAAACAUUUCAAUACAUCUCAUACAAAUUAGAGUCAACCAAUAAUGUAGCGUUGAUUGAAGAUAAUUUUCAGUCAAGGUAUAUGGUCAAUGUUCGGCUUUUUUUGCGUCAUAUGUACGUUUUUCGAAUUCGAAAAAUGCUGUGAUUAUUACAGAGGGAAUUUUUAAUAUUCUUAAAAACCUCGGGUAGUGUCAAACUGUUACUAAUGAUACUCUCAGCAAUCACUAAGAAAAAUAGUGAUCUGUGCAUUAAGUGAUUAGCAAUAUUUUCUUGAAAGCAUAAGUAUCGCAAAUUCAGUUUCAACUGAUUCUGAUCAUUCUGCUAUUUAUGCUUUUAUAGUUUAUAAAAAGCUGAUUGUGCCGUCCAACUUCAAAGGCAGUGAAAUUGUUGAAUCAAUUUGUUACUGACAGUGAGCUUCUUAAUGCAUUUUAAUUGCUGUAAAAUAAUACAGGUUGAUUACAAUAAGCAAGAUUUGAAAAUCUCUGAAGUUUUCUGGUUUUCCAAUAUUAAAAUGUUUUCCUUUAUGGAGCGGAAAAUUCAUUAUAUACUACAUUGCUAGAGAACCAUUAAUAUAUUUGAACAUAUCUUUUUCUAAACGAUCUCACGAUAUUCCCUAUUUUCCAGGACUGCAGCCUUUCUGGCUGUUUCGUAAUACACCAUUCAGUGCGCUCUUUGUUCUUAAUCACAUUUAUUCUCGAUAGUCUUAUUGCAUGCAUACAGAACUAAUACAGUGCAUUUUAAAAAUUAGCAUUUCGCAUAAUCAUCUGUCUGAUGUCUUGAUAUUAAAGUUGAAUAGCAUUUCCUAGGUGUAGCAUAAAUAAAUGUGGUAUUAGCGUAUGUGACAAAAUUAGCGUUACGUUCACGAUAUUAUUGUUACUUUAAUAUUAAGUUAAAGUCUCAAACAUUUAACAGAGUUAUAGAAUGAUCUAGAAAUAGACAAACGAAUAUUGUUGAAAUUGAGAAAUGUUACGAUAGUUUCUGUUGUACCGUUUAACUCAUUGAACAGGACUUGUGUACACAGUGGAGUUUCAAAUCGUGUACGUGUUCCUAACUAACUCACGAUGAUAAGUCAUAUUCAAUCAAAAUUUGUUUUGGAUACUUACCGUUUGUUGUGAAACAUUGAAAAUCUUAGAAAAGUGCUGAAUAAAUACUUCUACUGCUCGUGGUUCACUCGUGGAGCCCACUUAGCCAAAGACGUGUAGCUUUCUUUUGCGAGAUUGAAAACUAAAUCUUUAAUUGCGGAGAUUGUUGUGUGACUCAGGAUUAUAGCUUAUUAUAUAUAUAUCGGCAUUGUACAUAAAAUGACAAAUUAUUGUAUGACUUAACAUGAGUUUUUAUGAGUAUAUAGGCAGCGCACAAAAAAUCACCAAUAUAUUUAUAUAACACCAAAAACGAUACAUUUUCUGAUGUAACACAAAUGAUGUGACAUUCAUUAAUUACUUGUACGUUGAGCAUAAAAUAAUUUAUUUUAGUUCCUAUAAGAAUUUAUCAUACAUUCCACAAUUGAAUAAACCACAAAAACGAUACUAUUGUUAUAAACUACUGGUUUUUGUAAUAUUUUAAAGUUGAAAUAACAUAUUAGUCUUACAAAAUAUUUCAUGUGUAUAUAUAAUUUCAAAUCUUUGAUUUUGUCAAUAUAUAGAUUCAUUGUAUGAAAAUUAUGUAGCUGCUAUUUAAAAAGAAGUACUUAAUGAAAAUAAAUAAAACAGAAUCAAUG